AUGCAAGAUGAGUUGGACGCGCUCAAAGACUUCGCUGCAGAGCGCCGUGUGCAGCAAGAUGAAGGUCUCCCCUCCCUUUACCAUGCUUUGGCGAUUAUCGCCCCCGGUGGUCCAGCGUUCACUGUAGGAAAACCCACGUCCACCAUCGACAUUAAUUUGUUCCACGCUUCCACCGGCCACGUGAAUGAAUUUUUGAUGCGGGAAACCGCCAAGCAGCAGGGUGUUCAAUUGGUGGGGGAACUGCAGCCAUGCGUCGGCUGCAUCGAGGCGAAGGGCAGGAGGGCCCCGGUGCCGCGGCGUGGAGUCACCCGCGCGGCGGUACCGUUCGGCAAGGUGCACAUCGACAUCACCGGCCCGUACUCUGAGGCGUUCGAUGGUUCCCGUUACCUGAUCAUGUUCGUGGACAGUGCGUCGCGGUGGCAACGGGCGUACGGCAUGCGGGCCAAGAGCGACACCCUGACGUACACGCGGCGUUUCCUCGCCGACCUGAACGGCAACGGCCCUCUGGGGUGUUUCCGCAUGGACAACGCGGGGGAGUUCACGAGUGCUGCCUUCGUCGCGUUCUGCGACGCCGCUGGCAUCCGGCGCGAGUACACCGCGCCCGACACCCCGAAGCAGAAUGCGGUCGUGGAAAGCGCCAUCUGGCGAGCCAUGAAGGGGGGCCACGCCGCCCGCCGCCACGUCCUCUCCAUGGGCCACUUCGACCUCGCCUCCAUCCCCGGUAUGGACGCCAACGGACACCGGCUGUGGCUUGCAUCGGCGAUCUGGGCCUCCGGCUGCUUCAACCGUUCCGCGACGUCGGCCAACCCGGCCUGGAUGUCGCCGUUCGAGGCCUUCUUCGGACGCAAACCGCCGCUCAAGGUCGUCCCCUUUUUCCAGGAGGGGAUGAUGCGCGUGAAGCGCGCCAGCAAGGCGGACGUCCAAUCCGUUCGUUGCUUCUACCUGCACGGAGCGCGCAACCACUCCGACGCCACUGCCGUCGUACUCCGCGCCGACACCGGAAGGAUCUGCCUGUCCAACAACGUCGUGUGGAU